AGCCUUCGUUCGCCGUCGUCGACACCUUUCGUUAUCUCCUGCUGUUUGCGCACGAUUGAGGAGGAACAAUGGAUAUGGUAUUCGCACCUCACCAACGACACGACUUGAAUUGAACAAGAGAACUCACAAAUGACGUCAAAUAGGUACAUUAAGUUGCUAAUAUUGCUUUGCUUUGCUUGAUAAGCAAUUUGCACUGAGGUGUCAACCGGUGCGCAUAGAUCGUUUGCUCAGACAUCCUGCUAAGGGCAACAAAUCCGGACUGAUGGAUCCUCCCAACGCCGACAUCCUCGAACUGAAAGAGAUGGUGAGAGAUUUGUUCAGUAUUGUGCAAGGGCUUGCCUUGGGACAGAAAGCCAUGGCCAAGAGAUUGGAAAGGAUUGAGGGUUGGAUAACCAAGGAGAAAGUUCAGGGGAAGGAUCCAUCAUCCGAAGUGACAAAUCCCUCUGACUCUGUAGCAAAGAAAAUCUUUGGCGGUGGCCUGCUCAAAAAAGAGGUUGAGUCAAGCAGUUUGCCAGCAAAGAAAGAACGCAGUAAGGAUCGUUAUCAUCCUUAUGCUACCGCUGCAACCGCUCCUGUUGGUAAUCCACCUGUACCACCGCAACAAUCACCACCUCAACAGAAGGCACCGAGAGCUAGGAGCCAGGUGAAGAAGAAAAAGGAGGAGCGGCAGUUUGAGGAACCACCUGUGACCUACACCCUUUUGUUCAGGAGAUUGAGAGAUUUGGGGUUAGUCCGGCCAAGGAUUUUGAUUCCCAUAGCACAACAGAAGAGGCCUUCACACUAUGAUGAGAAUGCCAGGUGCGAGUUCCAUUCUGAGGCACCCGGGCACAAUGUUGAGGGUUGUAGGGCUUUCAAGCAUGUCGUCCAGGACAUGGUGGACUCUAAAGUUAUCAGUUUGGCACAGAUCAUGGAUGGGGAUGUCAACCCUGUACCCAGGUAGGGUCCUGUAAAGAUGAAGAUGGUGAAAAAAGUCAAGAAAGGAAUGGAGAUGACUGAGGAAGAUCAGUUAAAGGGUCCGAUGCCUACGACCCCAAAACCUCUGGUGCAGGAUGGAGUUUUCCCUGUUGUUGAUAUUUGUUGUGCGGCUGCCACCACAGAGGGGUGGGCAUUGAUGGGAGAUCCGACCCAGAAGACGAAGGAAGUGGAAAUGGAUAGUGAAAAAGUUGAAACACCCAGUCAAGCAAUUAAAACCGUCAAGGUAGAGAAUGCUGUUGUUAUUGGGAAAGAGAAGACGCUGUCCAUUUCUUCUUAUAAGCAAGCCCUAGAGGUGGUGAAGAACAAAGAGGCCCGAGGCUGGGGAAGGAUCAUUGAUAUAGUGGUAAAGGCAGACAUGUUUGGGAUUGGUUAUCCAGAUCAAGAGUCGUCUAGACCAAACAGAGGACGUCGUCCGCCGUACAUCUUCGUCAGUGCAGGAAUGCUGAAUUCUGAUCAGGCUUGUUCAGUGAGUGAAGAGAUCGACCGCGACCGCGAGCUAGAGCUGUGGAUAAAGUCGUGCGUACCAGGCAACUGGAAAGCCUCCAAAAUCACCACUGUCGCUCAUCCGGAAGUGUAGUAUUUCUGUGUUUUGAUUUUGUUUGCAUGAAAGCCAUACGUUUUGCCCGAAACGUACUGGUCCAUUGUAAGGGCCACCUCAUGUGUCUCAUUUUGCAACAUUUUGCAUCAGUAAUAAAUGGGUGUUUUUGUGAUCAAAAGCGGUGUUCCCUGUUU